CAAACGAUUGUAUGCAGAGGGUUCAGAACCUCGGGUUAAGAAGAUCAACAACAGUUGCCGCAUGGAACUUAUCAGAGAUCUGAAGAAAGCUAUGUGUGCCGAGUACGAUGAUGUGAAGAGAGAUCCUGUUUUCACACAUAUCAUGGCUAUUGCCGAAAAUGAUCUCAAGUUCUCUGGGAAACUAGUGGAUAGCUUCAUAUGUAGAGCUGAUUACCUCAAAGCUGCAUGAGAAGUGGUUUGUUUUUGCGAGGACGCCUCUCCGGUUUUCGCUUCAGGAGUACCAUGCUGUGACAGGCCUCAAGAUUACACGGGAAACUAACAGUGACGUAGUGAAAUGGAAAAACGACGGGGGUUUUUGGAGUAACCUACUGCACACAGGUGGUAAGAUCACCUUGCAGUCGAUCAGAAAGGUUCAUCUACAAGAAGUUCACACUUGGACGCGGCUUGAUAGGAUGAGGUUGAUCUACUUGUGUGUAAUAGUGGGUGUGGUGAUGGGGAGAGAUGAGAAGGUGUCCAUCCCUCAUAUGUACAUCAAGUUGGUGAUGGAUUUUGACAAGGUUCGGAAGUUCCAUUGGGAUCUUCACUCGUAUGAUUUCCUGCUGAGUUCGAUUGAGAAGGCUAAGAAGAAGUUGGGGAAGAAGGAGAGCUACAUUUUCGAGGGUUUCUCCUAUGCUCUCCAGAUUUGGAUUAUGGAGGCAAUUCCUGAUUUUGGAGAAAUAUUAGGCAGAAGAGUCUCAGACAGCUUCAAAGGUCCAAGGUGUGGCAAUUGGAAAGGAGUUGCAAAAGUUUCUUAUGAAGACAUCAUUGAGCUCGAGGACUCCUUAACUAAGAAGGAUAACUUCUUCUCGGUCAUAUCAGUGACUGGUAAUGGUGAUGUGUUUCUAGAUGCUCAGUACACAAGGGAGGGUGAGAUGGAACAUGAACGAGUGGACCUUGUUUUGGAGAGGAUCAGGAACAAGUAUGAUUGGAGCAGCACAGACUGGCCAGUUUUAGAUCCUGAAGAGUAUAAAAUGGAGGAACCCGACAGCCAUGAUAGAGGGUCAGAAGCUGAUAAGAGCGUGGAUCAUACGGAUGUUGUAGCAGACGAGGAGACCUCUUCGGUUAAGGUUGCAGGAAAAGGCAAGAGAAAGUUUUUUGAUAAAGGAGCAGAGACAAGAAAGAAGAAGGUGCUGUGUAAGCGAUCAGCAGAAAAGUUUCUGACUUUUGGUCCUGAAACUAAGAGUUUCAUUGAGGGUCUUAUCCGCACAUCUGUCACUUCAUUGGGAGAUGUGCUCAGUAUGCAAAUGGCGAAUAUGGAGAGGGUGUUUACAGAGAGGAUGGGGAAGAUGGAGAUUGAGGUUUCACAGCUCAAGGACGCAAUCAGUUUGACUGGUGAAGGAAGCUAUCCUAGUAAGAAAGAAACUGAAGAAGCUCCACUAAACAGCAAAGCCAAGCAAGCUCCACCUAAGAGCAAAUGCGCUCAAGCUCCACCUAAGAGCAAAGGCGCUCAAGCUCCACCUAAGUGCAAAGGCGAUCAACCUACUCCAACAAAAAAGGACGGGAAAAAGAUUGCUACAGAAACUAAUGAUUUUGAUUUUGGAUUGAGUACACAAGACUUGCGGGACCUGUCCCAAGCUACAUUUGUUGACGGUUUUGAUCUGUCUCAAGUGAAAGUUGAGACGUCAAGUAAAUCGAAACCGUUUAACAUGGCUCCACUGCAGUGGAAUGAUGAGGAAAUGGAUCGAACCAAAGAAGACUCGCCAGAUGCCGCGUUGGUGUUUUUCCGUGAAGAGGAUUGGGAAAAAGUUAGAACUUGGUCAACUUCCUCCACGAGAUUGACGCUGCAAUGUACGUAUUCCGGGAGAGAACAUCUUUGAAACGAUGGAGACCUCAUCGUGUCGCCUUCAUGACUGUCAUCUUCAG